CCCAGCUUCAAGGAAGACUUAUGGAGGCUCCCCAAUUCAAGCAAAAAAAGUCAUUUAAGGGUCAGCUUACAAGACUGGGGGCUCCAGUUUCUCCUUUUCUGGCCCCUGGUUUGCCAGAUGGCCUUGCCCCUUCCCAUGAGGCCACCUGCACACCCAAGACCCACAUCUUUUUUCUGAAGGUCCACAAGAGCGCCAGCAGCACCAUCAUGAACAUCCUCUUCCGUUUUGGAGAGCGACGGAAUCUCACCUUUGCUCUUCCAGUCAACCAGUUCAGUCAACUCUUCUAUCCUUUCUAUUUUGUGGCUGAAGUGGUGGAGGGGUUCACAGAUGGCACAAGCCCUCCAUUUGACAUCAUGUGCCACCACAUGAGGUUCCUGAAAGUGGAGGUUGAGAGGGUCAUGCCAAAUGACACCUUCUACUUCUCAAUCCUCCGAAAUCCCAUUCACCUCAUGGAGUCUUCCUUCAUGUACUUCAAGGGCACCUCAUCCUUUUUCAAUGCCAAAAGCCUGGAUGACUUUUUGAACCACACAAGCAAGUUCUAUGAUCCCCUGAGGCCUGACAGUCAUUACAGCAGAAAUCUCAUGACCUUUGACUUUGGUUUCAACCACAAUGGAAGGGUCUCCACCCAGCACACUCAGAUGUUGGCCCAGAUCAUUGAAAAACAAUUUGAUCUUGUCUUGAUUGCAGAGUAUUUUGAUGAAUCAUUGGUACUGCUAAAAGAUGCCCUCUGCUGGAGCCUGGAUGAUGUAGUGUCGUUCCCCAUUAAUCAGCAAGAUGCCUCUUACCGUUCCCCACUGUCUUCCAGCACCAUUCAGAAGAUCAAGAGUUGGAACAAGCUGGACUGGGAACUCUACCUUCAUUUCAAUCGUAGCUUCUGGGAAAGAAUUAACCAGAGCAUGAGCAGGGAGUACCUAGAGCAAGAAGUGGCUGCCCUGAGGGAGCGGCGGAAACAACUGGCAAAGACCUGCCUCCAGGGUGAACAAAGUGUCCAUUCCUGGGAGAUCCAGGACAAAUUGCUCGCCCCACUCCAGUAUGGCAAAGCUAAAAUUCUCGGCUACAAUUUAAAGCACGGGCUGGACGAGGCAACAAAACAGGCCUGCCAGAGUCUUGUCAUGCCUGAACUCCAGUAUAGUGAAAGACUAUACAAGAGACAAUUUCCCCAAAAAGCCCUCCGGCUCAGCCAGGCCAAGAACCGCUCCAAGGCCCACAACAUGAAGAAGCAGAGACCCUUAAAAGGCCAUUCCUAAACAUUUUAAGUAUCUCUUUUCUGAUCCAAGCUUUGGCUGAUGAAGAACCAAGAGAGGAUAGACAUGGGCUCUUAUGGGUCAUUAGCAUGGGGCAGUUAUGCUCACAACAGUAAACUAAACAGACAUGGGACUUUAGAAGUUGAAGAUGGGUGUGAAUACUCUCAGCCAAAUAGAAACUUGGAUUUCCUCUAUUCUCUCUCCUUAAUGAGAGAAGGAACAAUACAAUUUAUUCAUUUUGAAGUCCUAAACAAAUAGACCUCAGAUUCCUCAAAAUACCCAGAAUAUCUGAGAUUAAAUAUAUAAUAUUGAAUGCUCCAUCCCAAGCAUUAGACUAAAGGACUCAUGCACCUUUUGCCUGGCACAGGUUUAGGCUAAGGCUAACACUGAGCUUUGGCUAAAAUAAGAUCAUGGUCUUCAAGUAAACCCAUAACAGAGCUGGUGACCAGAUAUAGAAAAUUGUCAUGACAAUUUAAAAAGUGAGUAGUUUACUUAAUGAUAGUAAUUGGGGGAAGCAGGGAAGCAUAAAAAUAGAAGGGUCCAACACUGAUGUUGGAAAAUUAUAAUUAGUUGAAAAAUUCACCAUGAGCAGGAGACGACAAA